GCCAGACUGUGCGAGUGAGAGUGUGCGUCGCGCUCGUUACUAGUGAAUGGUAUUGUACCAUGAUAGUGGGAAAUUUCUAGUGGCGAGGAUUUCGUAAAUCUUUACCAUGGAGCGGAUCUUUGGGGCCAACGGGAGCCGGGCGGAGGAUGGGGUACCGGACAUGACGAUAUUGUCCGACAUCGACGAGAACUCCAUCAACCACAACCUGCGCGUCAGAUACCUACACGACCGCAUCUAUACCUACACUGGCAGCAUCCUUAUAGCCGUCAACCCAUACAAGGAGGUGGAGAUCUACGGUCCUGAAGCAAUUGUGAGAUACCAAAGAAAAAAGCUGCUAGAAGAGGAGCCUCAUGUGUUCGCCAUCUCAGAGUCGUCCUUCGUGGCCCUGCAGAGGCUCGAUAAGAACCAGUCAUGUGUCAUAUCUGGGGAGUCAGGAGCUGGCAAGACAGAAACCACAAAAUUUAUUCUUCAGUAUCUCUGCUCAGUUACCUCUGGAGUUUCCACCUGGGUUGAACAACAAAUCAUUGAGGCUAACACCAUUCUAGAAGCAUUUGGUAAUGCCAAGACAGUAAGAAAUGACAACUCUAGUCGAUUUGGAAAGUUCAUGCAGGUGUGCUUUGAUACUUCGUGGCACAUAAAGGGGUGUGUUAUGCAGGACUAUCUUCUGGAACAGUCUCGCAUCACCUUCCAGGGACCACAAGAGCGCAACUAUCAUGUUUUGUAUCAACUGGUCGCUGCAGCACAGAACAACAAAGAACUCGCUGACCAGUUCCACCUGAGGCCUGCCAAGUUCUACACAUAUCUGAACCAGUCUGGCUGUUUCACUAUAGACGGUGUUGAUGAUGUUCGCAAGUUUGAUAGUCUGCGGUUAGCUUUUAAUGUUUUACAUGUGCCACCAGAAAUCUGUGAUGGAAUAUAUGGAACAUUGGCAGCCAUCCUGUGGCUUGGCAACUUGGAGUUUGCUGACAUUGAUGGUGAAAAAUGUGAACUGACAAGCAAUGACAAAGAGGUGCUAACAAAAUUGUCUGAACUACUGGGGCUUACAGAGGAAGAUCUUCUUGGUAUUGUGCUACAGAGACAGAUUAACAUUAGAGGCAACAUCACUCAUAUCCCACUGAAACAUGCUGAAGCCAAGGAAAACAGACAUGCCAUGGGAAAAGCGCUUUACUCUCGUACAUUUGCAUGGCUGGUGGACCAUAUCAACAAAUGCACAAACCCAGGCCAGGACCAAACUAGGUUCUUGGGUGUUCUGGACAUCUUUGGCUUUGAAAACUUUGCUGUGAACUCCUUUGAGCAAUUAUGUAUUAACUACACCAAUGAGAAGUUGCACAAAUUUUUCAAUCAUUAUGUGUUUGCUCUGGAACAGGAAAUAUAUCACCAAGAGGAAAUCAAAUUUUCCCACAUCACUUUUACUGAUAACACUGAGUGCCUUGAAUUAAUGGAGAAGCCGCCAAGAUGUAUUCUCAAACUUCUCUCUGAAGAGUGUCGGAUGCCCAAGGGUGCUGACAAGUCCUAUCUGACCAAACUGCACCAGGAGUUUGAGAAUCAUGCAAAUUACAUCAAAGGUGAUGAUAGAAGAAAAUGGGAAGUUGAGUUUGGCAUCAACCACUAUGCAGGGAAAGUGAUAUACACAGUGCAAGGGUUUGUUGACAAGAACAGAGAUGCCCAGCAAGAUGUCUUCUUUGAUCUCAUGAGCAAAUCAGAGAACAAGUUUAUAUCUGAUCUUACACGGUUUCAGGAUCUGCUUGGGUGCACUAUAGCAAGAAUGGGGACCAUACAUAGUACUAUAUCACGAGGGACCUCCAAAGGGAAGCCCACAGUGUCAGAUGCCUUCCGAAACCAACUCCAGGCUCUGGUUGAUGUCUUGCAGUCCACAAACCCUUGGUAUGUUCGAUGUAUCAAACCCAACAAGAACAAGGCUGCUGAGUCCUAUGAUGAGGCUCUGGUACUAGAUCAGCUGCGAUACUUGGGCAUGAAUGAUAUUAUCAGGAUCCGUAAAGAAGGUUUUCCCAUACAUAUGACUUUUGAUGAUUUCAUUGGCAGAUAUUUCUGUCUCCAUAAGAGGAAACGAUUUCCAGAUCCCAAGCAGCAUGUAUGUGAAAUUUUAAAGAGUCUAAAUUUACUACCAAAUGAGUGGCAAGUAGGCAAAACCAAAGUGUUCAUCCGACAGAUGGUAUACGAGCCACUAGAAGACCGUCGGCAGACCAGUCGUGUUGAGGCUGCUAUAAAGAUACAAGCACUUGUUCGCAUGUACAGACACAAGAGAGAAUACGACAGGAUACGUGUAGCCUGCUUAGCCAUUCAAUACCGUUAUCGUGGUUGGAGACUUCGUCUUGCAUUUAUUAGAAAGAGACGAGCAGUCAUCAUAAUCCAGUCUAAUGUACGAGGAAUGUUUGCACGUGAGGUUGCCAACGCCCUACGUGAGAUGAAGCAUAUUGAAGAGGAACAGCGAAGGAGAGAGCGCUUGGAAGAGGAGCGUCGUCAGCGUGAGGAGGAAGCUCUUAGAUUGGCUGAGGAUCAGGAAAAGAAGCAGGAGCUUCAGGAAGCUCAGAGCCAACAAUAUGAUGGUCUAGCAGCGGUGGGUGAAGGGAGAGUGGAAGAAGAAAUAGCUACACUCUCCAAUAUGGCUGAAACUGUCAACAACCGGUUUGCCACAUCAGGCCCUGCCAAUCCAGAUGAUGCAUCCCAAGGCUCAGGUGAAGGCGUUGACCUGGACAAUCUCUUCUCUUUCCUUUCCAAUAUGGAGUCAGAGAAACAUGUUCUAGAUGAAAUUUCCCGGCAGAUGGAUGAAUUGGCAGAUGAUGUUGAUGUGGAGAUUGAAGCCCUCAAUCAUCUUGAAGAUCAAGGGGAUAGUUUCCCACCUCCACCUUUACCAGAAGCUCUCAACGAUGGGCUUCAGUUUCCACCUCCAGAACAGCCAUUUCCUCCACCACCUCUGUCAUCAUCCCCAUCACCACCUCCUGCAAAUACAGAGUCAAAAUCAAAUCGUGUUUCUCGGGAGAUCAAAGAAAAUGGAGAAGGCACAUUGCCUCCUCCUCCUCCACAGAUAAAUGGAUACCAUGAAGAAGAAAAGCCUAAGGAACCAAUAUAUGAGACCAUCCCAGCAGGCCUGCCAGGGUCUCAAGCACGCCGGGAACCUAACUAUGUGUCUGGUCCACCACCUGCAGGUCCUCCUCCAGCUCCUCCCGAGGAGGCUGUCGAGUUAAGGAGACCCAGAGAGACCACACUCAGAGAACCAUCCAGUGAGCGGCGGCGAAGACCCUCAGGACAAAAGAGACCUUCGCGAUCACCUACUUCACGUAGUCCAUCUCGUGCAGCUAGAUCUAACACAAAGAGUCCUGGGCCUCGGGCAAAUAGCCGUAAUAAUGGAGUUGUUGAGGACCCAGACAGAGUGGAGAGAAGGAAACAGCGUGUGGAGCGGAAACUACAUGAAUUGGAGGAACUUGAAGAAAAUAAGGAAAAUGAAAAUCAAAAUCACUUUGAUAUGAUUGAGUUUGCAGAGAAAUUCUUUAACAACCAUGAACGAUCUCCUGAAGGCACCAUCAUAUCAACACUGACACGCAAGCGUUCUACAGCAGAGUUUCUUCCCAAGUACGAGCUGAUCACAUAUUCUCGCUCUUCCAUCAUCCCCACCUCCCACGUCCACCUAUACGACCCAGAAAAUAUCAACCUUGCUUGUACCAUCUUUAGGGAUUUGUGCAAGUAUUGUCGGGGAGAAUUAAAAAGCGAACAGGAGACAACAACUGUACAAGGUAUUAUUGGGUAUGGCUUGGAUCGAGAGGAGCUACGAAAUGAGAUAUAUGUUCAGUGUAUGAGGCAGGUGACAAAUAACCCAAGCACAGAAUCACAGGAACGACUAUGGCUAAUGUUGUGCCUGUGUGUUGUUGCUUUCCAACCUGGAAAACUUCUACAUAAAUAUUUCGUAAGUUUCCUGCAAAAGAAUCUGGUUCUGGAGGGCAAGUUACGUCAGUUUGUUCAGUGGUGUCUUGAGAACUGUAAGAACACAAAGGUCUCCAGUAGACGGCUUCCACCUUCAUCAGUGGAAAUUGCAGCUAUGAAGAAGCUGGGAACAAUUGUCUGUAGGUUUUUCUUCUUGGACGGUCGUACUAAAGCAAUUGAUGUUCACCCUCGGGACACGGCUGGUGAUGCUAUGCAGAAACUGGCAGAUCGACUCGGCUUGGGAAGCCUGGAAGGUUGGGCCAUAUAUGAAUCUGGAUCUGAUGGAGAUAAACAUGUGAAAAGUCACGAGUACCUGUAUGAUGUCAUAUCAUCUUGGGAGAUAAAACAACAAAAAGCUGGAACCUCUGGGAUGUAUGGUACACUUAAUAAAAAAGCAUCACAGACAGUCAGUGCUGGAGAGAACAGAUUUGUGUUCAGGAAGCGACUGUUCCGUACUCCUCGUGAGAUCCCAAGUGAUCCAGUUCAGGUCAACCUUCUGUAUGCCCAGGCUGUGUAUAGUGUUGUCAGGGCUGAUGAAUUCCCUAUCAACGAAAAAGUUGCACUUCAGCUAGCUGGUCUACAAGCUCAAGUGGCUCUUGCUGAUCCCCAAGAUGGCAAGACUGAGUUCUAUGCUGAUAUGCAGUCAUAUUUACCUGGUCGUAUAGCUCAAACUAAAAAGCAGACAGAAUGGGUCCCCAUACUUGCUCAGGCCCAUCGGCAGUAUGGUACAGGAAAGACAGAUAUUGUGGCCAAAGUGUGGUACUUGACAUGUGUGAUGCAGUUUCCCUUGUAUGGUACCACUAUGUUCCCAGUUUCUUACCGAGGAUAUUGGUCUUAUGGCAAUACACUCAUUUUGGGAAUUAAUUGCGAUGGAAUUGCAAUGAUCAAGCCUGAUGACAAAUUUAUUUUGUAUGAAUACAGAUAUUGUGACAUAGAAUCUAUCUUCUUAGACCCCAGUGACAACUUCAUUACCAUCAACUUGCUCCGUACGCUACCAGAUGCUCAUAAAUGUUUUGUAUUUGAAACAAAGGAAAAACAAGAGAUUGGCUUCCUCAUUGCCAGUUAUUCCCCUUUGUUGGCUUCAUGGAUCAAAGAUAUGGACUCAAAUAAGAAGGUGAAACAAAUUACUGGUGAGGACCGGGUGAGACUCUACUACAACUUGGUACAUUCCAGACGACAAAUAAUUGAUGCGAACAUACUCAGGAAACCUCAGGAUCAAGGCGGCAACUUCAUUGUCAGCACUCUUAGAAGAUUAAACAAACAAAAGUUGGAAAAGCUUCGUCAAGACUAUGGGGAAAACUCAGAAACAUAUAAGGGCUUCCAUCACAUGUUUUGGGCAUUCUCCAAGGCUCCACUAACCCAGACCCUCACCAAAAUAGCAUCUCCUGAAUUUGAACAACAGGCAAUUCAAAUUUCACUUGUCAUUCUAACUUACUCUGGUUUGAAUCCAAAUGCAGAAACAGCUGUAACAAGUGAUGACCAGCAGCUGACCAUGGUGCAGGGUGUGGUGGAACAGUGCAUGAAAAGAGACCUUCUCCUUAAUGAGACCUACCUUCAACUUAUAAAACAGACCACAGACCAUCCAGAUCCUAACUCUCGGGUCAACCUUCGCCACUGGUCACUACUCACACUCUUCUGCUCAGUUAUACCUCCCACUGACAAAACAAUAAGAAAAUACCUCCGUGCUCACUUACAGCGUUGUGCAACAGAUUAUGUAUCAGAAGAAGGAAAAUAUGCUCGUUAUGCUGAAAAGUGUUUGGUUAAAGCACUAAACAAUCGGCGUCGGCAGUGGGCACCUUCCAAGCAGGAGAUUCUCUGUACCAUUAAUCGUAGACCAAUAUAUGCUCGUUUCCACUUCAUGGAUGGCCAGUUCCACUCCCUUGAAUUUGAUGCAUCAGCCACUGCCACAGAGGUUGUGCAACUCAUAAUGCAUAAAAUUGGCUUAAAAGAUACUGCUAAAGGUUAUGCAGUCUAUGAGAUGUUAGGAACGACUGAAAGGUGCAUAUUAGCAGAAGAAGUGUUAGCUGAUGUAAUGUCAAGAUGGGAGCGGUAUCGUCAGUCUACUGCUGCAACUCAACACCAUAACCAUCAUAUUUUCUUGUUUAAGAAACACUUACUUCUGGAGACAUGGCUUGAUCUUAGUGAUAAUGUAGAAAAGGAGUUGCUCUACUUCCAAGUUCUGUACACACUUCGUGCUGAUAAAUUCCCAGUUACACAGAUGGAGGCUGUAAUGUUAUGUUCCUUAAGGGCUCAGAUAGAGUUAGGUAACUUCACAGGAGCAAAUAUGGACUACGGGGAAGUGAUAGCACACACGCUCUCUCCACGGCUUUUGACAAAUGUUACUCAUGAGGCAGUGGCCAUGCACCAUCAGAGUUUAUUUAAUAUGGACUCACAAGAGGCUAAACAAGCCUUCCUCAAUUUAAUAAAGUCUUGGCCUCUCCAUAGAGCUACAAUUUUUGAUGUUACGCAAUCCUUUACCUCAAACUGGCCCAAAGUUCUUUGGUUGGCCAUUGAUGAAAGCGGUGUUCACCUGCUGGAACACCGCUCAAGAAAUGUCCUUUGCACCUAUGAGUACGAUUACAUUCUCAACUACUCUGCCUCCAUCACAGCUCUCAUGAUCAUUACAGGAUCAACACGAAAACAGAGCAAAAUUAUUCUCAACACUACUCAGGCUUUUAUGAUUGCAACCUUAAUCAAGGAUUACACUGAAGUCUUGAGAGAAAAUCUUCGUGGUGUGACUGAGGGCCCUACUCCUGUUGGACUGAUGGCACCUCCUGCAUCACAAGAUGGGGAAACCAGACGAUCCUGACCUCACAGUAUUAUGGCUCGACCCCCCCCAACGUUAACGGAGGAGCUUGUUACUCAGUGAUCUCAUAAAUACUUCAGUAUACUUAAUUUGUCUUUUGGCUACACAGUAAUGCUUGUAUCCAUGCAGUGCUUGAUAUUCUGAUGAAUUUCCUCACAAUAUUAUAUAAAUUUUAUUCAAAAUUUACAGUACUUUGCCAAAUACUAAAUACUGUACUGUAGUACAAAAUACUGUACAGUGUACUGUAGUAUUACAUCAUUUUGGCUACAAAUAUCUACUUUUCAUUAGUAUGCCUGGGAAAGAACCAGAUUAACUGUGAAAUAUAAAAUUAUUGAUAUCUAGGCAGGGAAGCUAAGUGCCAGAAUACAAUCAUAUUUUUAAAUUCAAUAUGUUUGUAGUAAUAGUGUAUGGAAAUCUCAAUUUCACAAGUUUGUUUUUCUGAAAGCUGAUAUUAAUAAUGUAAUCAAACAUGUGAUUUGCAUUGAUUGAAUGUUAUUUUAUUCAAUUACAAUGCUUAAGAAUAGUACUCACUGUUAGAAAAGCAUAAAAUCAAUUCAUAUUGAAGAUUUUUAAUCCAAAACUUUAUUUAUCUUACAUAACAGAAAACCAUCAGAGUCCUGUACGGAUGAGGUAAACAAGUAUCAUGUCUCACCAAAGUAUUCCCCAAACAUAUUGUAUUAAUUGAAUGACAUUAUAACAGUUGUAUAUGUUUUCUUAUAAAUCUUUGGUGAAACUGAAAAAAAUAAUAUAUACUUGAGAUGUACAUACUGUAUUUGUGAUCUUGUCAUUGGUCUAGAAAAAUAACCUCUAGAUGAUGGCCGAAUCUCCACUUCCAUGCACUAACUUGCUCAAGAGUUUAACAUGCAGACUGAUGUUAGUGAUCAUUCUCAUGCAGCAACAACCAAAGCCACAUGUUAGUGUGCUGUGCCAAGUAUUGGCUUUUUUUUUUUUUUUUUUUUUUUCAAAGCGCUUUUAAGUGUGAAUGCUUCUCUGAAUGAUGAUAAUUUUUAAUGGUUACUGCUUAAAUCCUGGAAUGAUUAUACAGUAUAUCCUAAGACUCAUUCAGUGUUUCCUUCAUGUACAAAUAUUUUUUGUUAUUUUAAAUUUUUGAAAAUACUUUUAUAUGAUGUAAACAUUAUAUAUACACUAUAUAUAUAUAUACUAAAAAGAUUAAUUGCCUUGAGGAGUAAAGAACCUCUCCUAAAUUGCCUUUGAAUUUAGGGUGUUAGGAAUUUAAAAUGAAGUAGGUUUCCAUUCCUUGGUACUAUGAUCAUAUAAACCAUUUAAAAUUAUGUGCAACUGAAUCUUUAUUUAACUUUUCAGUGGUAAAUUGAUUAUAUAUUUCUGGUGCUACAUGUUUGUUGACUGUGUUCUACAUGUGAUGUAGGAAUUACUUGAUUUCUUAGUAUGUCCCCUUAGCCAGCCAUAUAAUUAUUGCAGACCUAUUUAGCUUGAUAUUGGAUAUCCAUUAUGUCAGUUUUGUUUAUAUAAAUAGUAUUUAUGACAGUGUGAUGGCAUAUAUCUCAUCACUAAAAUAAGUUGACAUGUGAUGCUAUGGCUAAUGUAAAUUCUUGUUAACGAAGGUCUCUUUAAUAUAAGUACCCAAGAUUGUUGAUGGCUAUAAUCAUUACUCCCACACACAAGUAUUUAUUCUUUUCAGUUUCUUUUCAGCCAGCAUAGUUUGCUGUGAUGCACUUGUCUGUUAAAAAGGGAUUAUGUGAUUAAAGACAUUAAUUCAUACAUAUAAAAAACUCAAGACAGAUAUGAUCAAAUAUUUCCUUGAUCCAGUUCAUGCUAGUCGUUACUUUUUUUUUUAGUUUUUAUUAAUUACUGUAUAUUGUUUUGAAUAUUUUAGUUAGUUUUUUUUUUUGUAUAAUGAUUCCAGAAUCCAUUUUUCCUACUCAGUGAAUGUAGUGUGCAAGCAUAACAAGUUAUACAACUAUUAAUUGUUGAAAGAUAUGAUGCUAAUGAUCAAAGUUUUUACGUGUUUAAUUUUUUUUUAGGAAGACUGCAUGUAUAUAUUGUAAGAAAGCAGUCUUUAAAUUUGAUCUCCAGAUAUGUGUGAAAGGAUGGAUUAUAUUGAAGAAAAUGCAUAGAUAAUGAUAAUAUUUUCUGAAUUCUUUUUUCAAGAUUUGUCAUUUAUUCAAGGAAUUGCCUUUCUUUAGUGAUAUCAUCCUUCAGAUAAAAUGAGUAUGUAAAUAGAUUGUAUCCAGAGGUCCUAAGAAAUUUACUUUAAAAAAUGUCUUGGUCUCAGUGGAGGUCAUCUUAUUUGAUCCUGUAAAUUGGAUUAAAACACAAGAAUGUAAAAAAAAUGCAACUAAUUUUACUUCCUUUACUAUUUGCUAAAGGUUGCCAUGACAGUGGGGUAACACUCAUCAUUUUAUAACCCAGGAGUCUCAAAUCUAAUACUCUGAACAGAUAAGGCUGUGGUAUACACUCACAUGAUUACCUUGGUCAUGCAGUUCCUUGAUUGUAAAACCUUUUAUGGUGGAUAAUGGUACAGUAUGAACAGAUAGAUUUUAACAAGUAUUUGCCCCAAAAAUGAUGUUAUAUAAUGAGAACAUAUAAAUUAAUUACAAAUCAUCUUGCUAUCUAUCCAGAUGUUCCAAAAUGCCUUAAUGUUUAGAGAUGCUUCCUGUUCAGUAUUUGUGUAAUCUACAUUUGGGAUGAAUAUGAAUAUUUAUCAAAGUAAUAUUGCAUUGUUCUCACAAUUAUGUGCAAUAGAUUCUCCUCAUGCCUUUUGUACUUACAUUUUUACCAAAGAAUCUCUCAAUGGUAGCAUGAAAGUGUGUGUAUAUAUUUAUUAUCUGGUGACUCUGGUAAAGAGAAACUAGCUUUUUAUUAAAUUUUCAUGCUGACUUGGCUGCGAUCAUGCGAAUAUGACACAUAGUGGACAUAGUGAGAUAGGCAGAAGUGAAUGAGACUAUUGCUUUAUACAGAAGCUGUCAGACGGUACAGUAAUUGGUGAAUAUAAUGAUGAUGGUGAUUAUUCUACAUUUUAUUGAUAAAAUUUUUUUUUACAAAUGAAGAUACUGUAGAAUUUGUUUUCUAAAAUUUCAGAGGUGAGGCCACCAUAGAAAUGCUCUUUAGCAGGUAGCAAACUAUUAUAGAUAGAAAAGAAUUAUGCUAGGAAAGAUUUAAGAUGAAAAUGUUGAACUUGGCCAGUGUUACUGUUAUACCUUUUUGUGUUUCCUCAGUCACCCAUUUUGACUGACAGGUGUUAACAAGGUUGUGUUGACUGUUACUUAUCACAAGCCAAUGCUGACAAGUAGUCAUUUAUCCCUCAUUGUCUUAUAUCAAGGGUCUCUGGUACAAUUAUUAUACAGUAUACCCAGUCCUUUACAUUUAUUAUUAAAAUUCAACUUCACAUUACUUGUAUUCUCAGUUGGUAUUGUUGGACUAUUUUUUUUUCUUUUUCUUUUUUUUAAUGGGGUGCAAAAUGUCAGUUAAGAAGAUGGAAUGUGAUUGUAUUAACAAGAAAGCAAGAUUAAUGAUGAUGAUGAUUAUGUGAAACUCUCAAUGAGCUUUUGUAAAUCUUGUCAGUGAUAUGUCAGAUGUUAUUUCUACACAAAUAUAUAACAAUAAUUGUA